AUGUUUGCCAUACGCCCCAUAACCCGGGCCAUUCCACGGCUGAGAACCUCAGCAAGGCUUCGUCCUUUCUCUGCUCUCGCCGCAAACCCGUCCUCCAAAACCCAGGUCUACAUCUCCAACUCGCGGUCUCCCUACAUCAACCUCUCCAUCGAGCAUCACCUCCUCCAAAACACCCCGUCCGACUCAACGGUACUGUUUCUCUACACCAACCGCCCUAGUAUUGUCAUUGGUCGCAAUCAGAACCCUUGGUUAGAAGUCAACCUUCCACUGCUUCAGUCCCUCGACGGCAGCGACGAUGCCGUCAACCUCGUCCGUCGCCGCAGCGGAGGCGGAACUGUCUUCCACGACGAAGGCAACGUCAACUACUCCGUCAUCUGCCCGCCCGCCAAAUUCGACCGUGACACACACGCCGAGAUGGUCGUGCGCGCUCUUCGCAAUCUGGGCGUUGACAGUGUAAGCGUCAACUGCCGUCACGACAUCAUUAUGGUCGACCCUUCUGCAACUUCACCGAUACCACUGUCCUCGUGUACAGGGAAGCCGCUCGCAAACGCGGAAAACACGUACAAGAUAUCUGGUUCGGCGUACAAACUGACCCGCCUUCGAUCCCUUCACCACGGAACCUGUCUCCUUUCCUCCCCAAACAUGUCGCGGAUCGGCAGCUUCCUCCGCUCGCCCGCAGAGCCUUUCAUCAAGGGCCGCGGCGUCGAGAGCGUGCGCUCAAAGAUUCGCAACGUCGGCGUCGAAGACACUAGCAAGUUUGAGGAGGCGGUGGUCGACGAGUUUGGGCGUAUGUACGGCUCUUUCGACGUCCAGGCCGUGCUCGGGGAGGCGGAGGCGGAGCAGGUGGAGAGUGUGAAGAAGGGCAUCAGGGAGCUGAAGGUGAGUUACCACUGGCUUUGA